UCCCAUGUUUUCAUUUUUAUUUUAUUUCUAUUUGGAGGUUCUCACUUUUACGCUGCGUCUCUUUAUCUCUCUCUCCUCCAUUGAACCGCACUCUGAAUUCUCCAUUGAAGCAGCUGCUGAGCUUAUUCUCCUCCAUUGAAGCAACUUCUGAGGAGUUUAUUGCUGCAUCUGUGUGGGGCUACUUGUGUAAUGGCAUCUGUGUCGAGUCAGCCACAGUUCCGUUACACCCAACCACCAUCAAAGGUGCUUCAUUUGAGAAACUUGCCUUGGGAAUGCACUGAAGAGGAGCUGAUUGAAUUGGGAAAGCCUUUUGGUAAAGUUGUCAACACAAAGUGCAAUGUUGGGGCCAACAAAAAUCAAGCGUUCAUCGAAUUUGCGGACCUUAAUCAGGCCAUUGCCAUGAUAUCCUACUAUGCUUCAUCAUCAGAACCUGCUCAAAUACGGGGAAAAACUGUGUACUUACAGUAUUCCAAUAGACAAGAAAUUGUGAACAAUAAGACCACUGCUGACACUGCAGGAAAUGUGUUAUUGGUUACCAUUGAGGGAAAUGAAGCUCGGCAAGUCAGUAUUGAAGUAUUACACUUGGUAGUUUCAGCAUUUGGAUUUGUGCACAAGAUUACAACUUUUGAAAAGACAGCUGGAUUUCAGGCGUUGAUUCAGUUUUCUGACACAGAAACUGCGUCUUCUGCAAAGAAUGCUCUUGAUUCAAGAAGCAUCCCAAGGUACCUACUUCCAGAGCAUGUUGGGCCCUGCACUCUCAGGAUAACUUAUUCUGCACAUACUGAUUUGAGCGUCAAAUUCCAGAGUCACCGCAGCAGGGAUUACACUAAUCCAUACCUUCCGGUUGCCCCAUCUGCUAUAGAUGCAGCUGGUCAGCUUAGUGUGGGUGUGGAUGGGAAAAAGCUGGAACCUGAGAGUAAUGUACUAUUGGCAUCCAUUGAGAACAUGCAGUAUGCUGUCACGUUAGAUGUCCUACACACGGUCUUUUCUGCCUUUGGACUUGUGCAAAAGAUUGCUAUGUUUGAAAAAAAUGGAGGGCUGCAAGCUUUGAUUCAAUACCCUGAUGUUCAGACAGCUGUUGUUGCAAAAGAAGCACUUGAGGGACAUUGCAUAUAUGAUGGAGGGUUUUGUAAACUCCACCUAUCGUAUUCACGGCACACUGAUUUAAGUAUCAAGGUAAACAAUGACAGAAGCCGAGACUAUACAAUUCCUAUACAUGGGGCCAUGAUUCAACCCUCAAUUCUCGGACAACAGCCAACAGGAGGGCCAAUGUCGGGAGCUACUGCUGCUCCUUAUAAUGGUGGGCAAUAUCCAGGACCACCUCCUUCAUCAGGAGGCUGGGCACCACCUCAACAUAUGCACAUGCAGAUGCCAAUGCAAAAUUACCCAUACAACAUGCCAUCUGGACCUGGUGCUGCACCUCCUGGUCCUCCUGGCACCAUGCCGCCAGGAUCCUUGCCACCAGGGUCAAUGCCACUCGAAAUGGGACCUGGAACAAUGCAUAUGCAGAACCCAAAUGGCUUGCCGCAGCCACCUGCUAUGCCUCCAUACAGUCAAUGACAUGAUGUGGCUCGAAGACUGACUGGGUUCUACUGAGGUUUUUGGGUUUGGGGAAUGUGAGCAAAAAAAUCCAGCCUGCCAAAUCUCAAUUCUUGAUUUGUUGAGGGCUUGCUAUAAUUUCGUUUAGAGUACAAAUAACUUUUUAUUGUUUGAACUAUUUCCUAAAUACUUAAAGGUUGAGCUUCUUUGGAACUCUUACUCUAUUCUGGUAUAAAAAAUUCUUUAUGCUGCCAUGGAAAAAGCUCUGUUUUACUUCAUAUGCCUUUCGCGAUCUUUUUAUCUUGGUAAAUACUCGUAUUUGUUUUAGGUUUGGCA